AUGCAUGAUUUCUGCUUCACUAUCCCGUACGGGAUGCUUCUAAUCGGAGGAGGAUUUAUUGGGUACAUGAAGAAAGGAAGUAUUACAUCUUUCGCCGGAGGUGCAGGCACUGGUUUAUUACUCAUUCUCGCUGGGUUUAUCAGUCUCAAAGCUUUCGAGAAGAAGAAGAAUUCUUCUAUUGCUGUUGUUCUCCAGACAGUCAUCGCAGCUGCUCUCACGCUAGUCAUGGGACAACGUUACUUGCUGACUCAAAAGAUUAUGCCGGCUGGUUUGGUUGCUGGGAUCAGUGCCCUCAUGACCUGUUUUUACGUAUACAAGAUCGCAACUGGUGGCAAUAAAAUUCCAUCAAAAGUCGAAGAAUGA